UUUCAAUAUUUUGUGUUUUAUUUUGUAACGGCUCAAUUGUGUUCAGUUAAUUUUUUUUACUUAAUAUAAUAAAUAAUUUUUAGAAUUGUUAUUCUAUGUAUUAUGUUAAAAACAGGGAAGUAUUGUGUUGGAAAAAGAAUCUAAAACCUUAGAAUGUCGUUCAAUUCAUAUAUUUUUUUUUCAAGAAUUUUAAAGUCAAUAUUCAGUUCUUUUUUAGUCACCUAUGCAAGUGCAUUAGUUUUUUCACUAAGAUCAAUCAACCUCGUAUUCAGUUUGUAUUAUUUACUGUACGCACCAUUAAUUUUGGUAGCCGUAUUUUUGUUUGUUAUAGUUACAUCACGCAAAUAUUUAAGAACAAAUGUGUCGCCUACGAAUCGUUUCUAUAAAAUUGUCAAAGGAUUAUCAUUUGAAACGGUGCUAUUCGCAAUCUUGUGUUCGGUCAGUGCGUUGCUUCUGUCCAUGCUAAAUCCAUUUUGUCACGACAAAUCUGUAUGGUAUUUACUCAAUGUUGGACGUGCUUUGACUGGUAUUAUAUUCCAUUAUGAAAAUGUAUACUUUGAACGAGAUUCUCACUUUCCAAUCAUACAGACUACCAAAUACUCGAUGUUUAUGUCCGAACUAAAACAAAUAAUAUCAAGGUCAAUGAAAAAAUCAUUUGCGUAUUUAUUUUACAUAUUUAUUCCAUUAUAUGCAAUUGAACCAACAUUUUCUUGCAAUGUUUAUUUUAUAAUUAAUUUAUGGUUUUCAAUAGCACUAGUUUUGUAUUUGUUUUAUUCGUUUGAGUAUAUUGUAUACUUAACUAUGACGGAACAAGUUACAUUUCCAAUUGUGACUAUACAAAAAGAUGGAUAUUGUUUACUUAAUGCAUUGAAUACUGAUACUAAGAUAGUUAGAUUAUUAGCACUGUAUGAUUUGUAUCAAACUACACUAAAAGACGCAGAUAGGAGAAAAGAAAUAUUUAAUUUAAGUUUUGCGGGUAAUGUUCCCCAGAGUUGGAAAAUUAUAUUUAAUUUUUGCAUUAAUAACAUUAAAUCUACUACAGAAGACAUUACAAAUGCAGUGAAAUAUGUAUCACCAAAAUCAAUUAACCGACGUAAUAUACCAAAUGACAUGUUUAUAAAAUUGAAUGAUAACAGUAAAAAACAAGAGGAAGAAAAUGUAAAAAAGAAGAAUACAAUACUUAAGUUUUUUGAAAAUGUUCGUAUAUACAAUUACUUUUUUGCACCCUUGGACAAAGAAAAAUCAUUAGAAGAGUUUGAAGAAACCGUUUGGUGUUGUUAUGUACUUUCAAAUUUGGCCGUGGUUUCAUUAAAAGAAGACCAAUAUGGUAUAGUCAGAGAACAACUGGGACAAAUUGUUAGUACAAUUUUAAAUUUAAAAAAUCAAUUAGAAAUUCAAAUAAAUGUUAGCAAUAAAAAAAAAAAGAAAAUUGAAUAUUUGAAACUUCAUACUAAGACUUGUGCUGUGAUGCUAGCAUUAAAUUUUGGUACAUAUGCCAAUGAUAUUGGGUUAGAUGAUAAUCAAUUGAUUAGUUUUAAAAAAAUUGUAGCAAAGUUAAAUGAUUACUAAUAUUGUUUUCCAUUGUUAUAAAGUUAACUUUUUUAUUUAACAAGUAUUCAUAAUUAUUAUCUUUUUGUAUGUGUAAAUAUAUUCUAGUAAUAAAUAAUAAUGAAAUGAAAUAAAAUAAUUAAUAAUUAACUCAAUUAUUUAAUUUUUAUUGAUUAAUUUAGUACACAUGUUGUUGAAAAUCACUACUUUUGAUGUAUUAUGAUACCACUAUCACUACAUUGACAUAAAAAAACAGAGUUUUCUACAAUCAUCGUCACUUUUUAUAAGUAUUAUACUACAG